AUGGCCAGCUCUGGUCCUUGCAUGAACCUGUUAAGGAGAAACCCCACCUUCCAGCCUCUUCAUCCUCUCCGUCCUGCUCUCCAUCCUCCUCUCCAUCCUCCUCUUCCUCCUCUUGGCUUGGACACUCAUUCUUUACUGAGCCAGCAGUCUUCCAUCCUUCAUGAGCAAAUUUUCAACCUUCCGUAUUUCAACAUUAUCCAACCGAAUCACAUACACAGACCUCAGCACACACCAGGCUCUCUGUCAGGCUUCAGCAGCCCUGCCUCAUCCUCCUCUUCCUCUCCAAACAAAGACACCUUCAUGCACCCUCUGAGGAUAGAGGAACCGAAACGCACUUACAGUUUCACCCAGGAGGAUUUGUUCACUGUGCUGUAUGGAUACAGUAAAGACCACCAGCAUGGGGUUGGACACGCCAUCUCAGGACUGCUGCUCCCUAAUGACCCAGGCACGCGCUUCGGGCCGUACCGCGGGAAAGCGGUGAACACAAGCGAGAUCAAAACACACCACGAUAACACACUCAUGUGGGAGAUCUUUGAGAAAGGCCGCUUGAGUCACUUUGUGGACGGCGGCGGCGCGCGCGGCAGCUGGAUGUCUCUGGUGCAGUGCGCGCGCUUCCCGGAGGAGCAGAACGUGGUGGCGGUUCAGCGCGCGAGCCGCAUUUACUAUGAGACGUGCCGAGAGGUGCGCCCCCUGCAGGAACUCCUGGUGUGGUACGGAGACACCUACACCCUGUACAUGGGCAUCCCCAUGUCCCUCAGACAAGAGGAGGAAGAAGAGGAAGAGCAGGACGGAGACUCGGCUGAGGGCUAUAAAUGUGAUCGAUGUGGAAAGGUCUUCGCUUACCGAUACUACAGAGAUAAGCACCUGAAAUACACGCGCUGUGUGGAUCAGGGAGACCGGAAGUUCCCCUGCCAUCUCUGUAACAGAUCGUUCGAGAAGAGAGACCGACUGCGCAUCCACAUCCUGCACGUGCACGAGAAACACCGACCGCAUAAGUGCUCUGUGUGCGGGAAAAGCUUUUCUCAGUCCUCGAGCCUCAACAAGCACAUGCGCGUGCACUCCGGAGAGCGGCCUUACAAAUGCGUCUACUGCAAUAAGGCGUUCACUGCCUCCAGCAUCCUCCGCACACACAUCCGGCAGCACUCAGGUGAAAGGCCAUUUAAGUGCAAACACUGUGGGAAAGCUUUUGCCUCUCAUGCAGCCCAUGACAGCCACGUACGCCGGAGUCAUGCCAAGGACAAACCGGUGGCAUGUGAUCUCUGUGACAGCACAUUUGAUCAAGCAGAGGAGCUCAAAGAGCACAUGAAGAUCCACAAGAAGCGUCCACUCAUGCAGUCCCCGGCUCUUCCUUCCUCUCCUCGAACAUACACAGCAGAACAGAAUGGCCCUUUAAACACUGAAUGUGCUCGAGUGCAGCAGGAUAUCACCAUGAGUUUCCCGCCUUUUCCAGGAAUCACCUCCAGUUACAGACCUUGGAAUUAA